CAGGGGGGUGGCUACUCCGCGUACAGGCCGGUGGUGGCGCAGCAGCCCGCCCCGCCCCCGCAGCCCGCCGCCUCCGGCUACUCGUCCGCCCCCGGCUACUCGGCGGCCAGCCCCGGGCUCUCCGACCUCCUGUCGCAGUACCAGGCCGCGACCGGCGUCGCCUCCCCGGCGCCCGCCCCCGCGCAAGCCCCGGCCUCCACCUACCAGGCCAUGCCGCAGGUGGACCCGUUGCAGGCGUUGCAGGCGCUGCAGGUGCUGCAACAGUACCAGUCCAGGGGCAACUACCAGCACCACUACCAGCCGCAGCAGCCGCCGCAGCAGCAGGCGCAGCCGCAGCCGUACUACCAGCAGGCCUUCGGCAACCGCUACUCGCGCAGCUCGAGGAGCUCCAAGGCGGCCAAGACGACGGCCGGCGGCGGCAGCAGCAGGGCGUCCAGGGACCUCGACGUGCAGGGCCAGCUCGAGACCCUCACCACCAGGAUGACGGGCAGGGUCAAGAACGUGACGUGCGUGAUGCAGGAGCUGGGCUACGUAAGUACCACCGGGUGGCACUGCCGGGCCCCUGAUCCCCUUACCGUACCUAAUAACUCCUUCCAGCGUCAUUCUUUCCCCCGCCGCUCCAGCCGCCACCGCCACCGCCUCUCUAGGCUCCUCUCCUUCCUGCCUCAUUACUCUAAUCCCGCCUUUUAAAAACAAUCAAUGCCGUUGCUGCCGCGCUACUCUGCUCUGCUCUGUCGUCCUGGCGACGAAAA